AUGCAGGACUAUAAGAAGACCCAGAAAAUUACCUGGCUUGCCGAUCCUUCGCACUGUUCUGAUCUUCGGGCAGAAUUGACCCAGCUUACUCCGCUCACCUGCGUGACCUACGGUAAUUUGAUAUCGAAGACCAUUUUAGGCAAGGAGGACGACUUCAAGCAGUUUGUUAACCCAGACUCCGUGAAGGAGGAGAGCUACCUGGGUGACCCUCAGUUGCGUAACCUCAAGCGGGGUGAUAUUAUUCAACUCCAACGCAAGGGCUUCUACAUCUGCGACGAACCCUACCGAGCCUCCCAUCCUGCAACUGGUCGCGAGUCGCCCUGUGUCCUGAUCUACAUCCCCGACGGUGCCACCAGGACUCGCCCGACCGCUGGCUCCAAAUUCAAGGCCGGGGAUGAACCACAAGCGGAGCAGACGAGGACUUCUUCACGCCCCAGCGCUGCCGCAGCGGCUGCGGGCAAGGCUGCCCUCUCUCCGGAGGAGGCCGCCAAGCAGGUAGAGAAGGAGCGUCUGAAGGAAGAGAAAAAGGCA